GUUGCGCUGGCCAAUAAAAUUCGUCUUUAUUCCCAGGUCUGAAAGCCCGGCGUUUCUAGGACAACGAUUCACAAACAAAUGAGCGUGGUGUUUCCUACUUUGUUUGGAUAGAAACAAAAGCAAAAUCGACGGAGCUGUCGAGCACACCUGAGGAAUGUCUUUCAUGAGCCAGCGUCGCAACAUCUCUCACAACCACCAUCAGAAGAUGAUCCUGGAUCACCGCAAACAGGAGGAAAUGCGUGAAGAUCAAACCAAAAGCAUCGCCAAAGAGCGGCAGCUGCAAGCCAACCUCCAGUGCGAAGAAACAGUCGAGAGAAAGCGCUUCCUGCGCAAGAUGCAAGAUGAAGAGUAUGGCAAACAAAUCGAGGAAUCACUUCUCAAGGCAGAAGAGGACAGACAGUUCAGAGAGAGGCAGCUUGAACAGGAAGAGAGGAUGGCCAAGGAGCUGGCGAGAAUUAAUAAUGAGAAACUGCGAGAUGAGAAGAUGAGGCAGCACAUUAAAGAAAACAGUGUUGAGCUUCGAGAGCUAGAGUUGAAGCUCAAAUCUGCUUACCUGAACAGAGAACGGGCAGCACAGAUGGCAGAAAAGGAGGCCAUGAGAUAUGAGACAAUGCGACAAGAGGCUGCUGUUGCCCGUAAGAUGAAGGGUGAGCAUGAGCGUGCAGAGAUGGAAAAGGAGAAACUGGAGCAGAAGAAGUAUGAAGAGGUGGUGCGCUACCAGCAAGAGCUUGAGCAGCAGCUUGAGGAGAAGGAGCGCAAGAGGCAGGAAGCCUAUGAUGAGUUUCUUAAAGAAAAACUCAUGGUGGACGAAAUAGUGCGAAAGAUCAAUGAGGAGGACCAGAUGGAGCUUCAGUUACGACUCGAGAAGGUGACGACCACUCAGAGAUACAUUGAAGAUUUUAAAAAGCAGCAAGCAGAGUGGAGACGUAUGGAGCGAGAAAAAGUGGAAGCAGAGAACAGGCGCAUCAUUGAGUUUGCCCAAUACCAGCAAAGGAAGGAGGAGGACAGGAUGGCCAAAGUUAGAGAGCGAGAGCAGGAGAAAGAAACCCUGCACAAAAUGCUCUCUGAGCAGAUCGAGAUUGAGAAAAGACAGCGUGAGAAGAUUGAGCGCGUCCGUGAGGAACUCUACUUGGAAGAGCAGGCUGAGGCUGCAAGACAACAAGAAAUUGAAGAGAUGGAGAAGAGGAUCCGGCAGCGGUUGGAGCUACAGCAGACGCGUCGGGAGAUGAUGGCUUUCAAGCAGUUGCGUAUACAAGCUGAGAAAGAGGAAGAGGAGGCCUUCAGACAGAUGAUGAUGGCCAAGUUUGCAGAGGAUGACCGAAUUGAGCAGAUGAAUGCCCAGAAGCGUCGUAUGAAACAGUUGGAACACAAACGGGCUGUGGAGAAGCUGCUGGAAGACAGGAGACAGCUGUAUCUGGCUGAACAAGAGAGGGAGGAAGAGGAGAGAGCAAUGGAGCAGGAGAGAGAGACUCAGCGUCGGAAGAUCAUCGAAGAGGAGAGACAGAGGCUCCUAAAACAGCAUGCGACAAAACUGCUGGGAUACCUACCAAAGGGUAUUUUCAAAGAAGAUGAUCUGGAGCACUUUGAUGAGGAUUUCAAAAACAAUUUCAAAAAACGACAGGCUGAUAUUUUCUCAGAUGAGGGUUGGGGAGAUGACUAGCAGUAGGGUAAUUCCUGUCAUGACCACCAUAUGGCGCUCUCCUUUUUUCUUUUUUUUACUCAAUCCGUUAGUGCUGGUAUACUUAACAGUGCAUCUGCCACUUUCACAAAAGAUUGGAACAAAUUUCAAAUUGAUCUUUGUCUUUAAUAAAUGUAACAGUAUAUUAAAAUGAUAUUGUAUAUUGUGUUACUCUAAUGCCAAACUCGGAUUUUGGUUUAUGAAGAAACAUUGGCCUCAAAGGAUACUACUUAUUAAACAGAUGUGAAAAUCUAAAUUGCCUAAGAUCACAUUC